UACAGAGCAGCGCACCUUGACGUGGUGGGUUGAUUUCAGUCUCGAACCUGCGUGGAAGAGAACAAGCUGCUCGCCAUGACGUCCGUGCUCUUCUCCGCGCCCGUGGCGCCAGUUUCCAACAUGGACGCUGCGCAGUACCCGCAGCAGCAACAACAAGCUGCCAACACCAACUCUUCACGCAUGCUGGCGCAGUACCAGGUGCUCCAAACACUCGGCUCGGGCCUGCAGGGCAAAGUGAAGCUCGGCGUGGAUACUGUCACGCAUCAGCGCGUGGCACUCAAGGUCAUCGAUAUGGCCAAACUCAACCGCAAGAGCAUGAUCAACGUCUAUCGCGAGGUGGAAGCCAUGUCGCGUGUCUCGCACACGAAUGUGCUCCGCCUCCUAUCAGUUCACGACGACGUGCCGUACCCCAAGAAGGACGGUAAUGUCAAGCAAGUGAUUGUCAUUGUUCUGGAGUUGGCCACUGGUGGUGAACUCUUCGACUUCAUGAUGUACACUGGCUGUUUCGCGGAGAACAUCGCGCGCGCCUAUUUCCAACAGCUUGUGGCCGGUCUGGAGGCUUGUCACGCACAAGGAGUGUAUCACCGCGACAUUAAACCGGAGAAUCUGCUGCUGGACGAGACUUUUGCGUUGAAAAUCGCAGACUUUGGACUCUCCGGCCUGAGGGAAGGAGCUGAUGGAGCUAUGGCCGAACUGUACACGCAGUGCGGUACCAGAGGAUACAUGAGCCCGGAAGUGCUGUCGUGUUUGCCCUACGAAGGAGAACCCGCCGACGUCUGGUCGGCUGGCGUGGUGCUAUUUAUCAUGCUGGCGGGCUUCCCUCCUUUCCAGAUUGCCACCAGCCAGGACUGGUGGUUCCGUGCUUGUGCUGCCAAGCAACACGAAGCUUUUUGGGCGGCACACGCUCGUUCUGCCACUUUCUCGCCUGGUGCCAUGUCGCUCAUGACGCGUAUCUUCCACGUGAAGCCGCAAGAACGCAUUACACUUGCAGAGAUCAAGACACACCCUUGGUUCAAGGAGAAUGCAAUUGCCCCUGAUGAUCUACGUGCAGAACUGCUGAGUCGCAAGCUGCAGGUGGAUGAGGAGAAACGUAAGGAGCGUGAGGAGAAGCUGCGAGCGGCCGCCAAGCAGCGGCUACAGCAGCAGGACGAAGAAUUCGACCCUUUCAACAUGGACGUCGAGAGAUCGAUGGCCGUUUCGGCGGCCGCAGGACUUUCGACUGCAGAGGUAAGUUCGAAGAAGGCGCCAUCGUACCCAUCCACUAGUGUGGCGCUUUAUACAAGCUUCCAGUCAAGUCGGACGGCUACGGAGUUGCAGACGCGCGUGGAGAAGGCGCUGACGGAGCACUCAGCGCGCUUUGUGGCGCACAAAGACCGCUUCAAAACCAAGGCCACGAUGGCUGCAGACGCGGAGGACGUGGGCUUCGCUGUGCGCAUCUACUCACUAGACAAUGCACCGGGACGCUGUGUGGUGGAGUUCCGGCGUACAAGCGGCGAGUGCCUCAAGUUCCACGAAGCGUACAAGAAGCUGAGCAGCUCACUGUCCGACCUCGUCUGGGACAACAACGAUGAAUCAGAGACGGCUGACGACUCGCCCGCGGAGGAGCUCAUCUCGGACGAGGCGAUGAUGAUUUAGGCGGCCUACUCGGCAAUGAAGUACCAAACUAAGGUUGCACAAACAGCAUCUACCAUUAGCUCGCACGUAAUUAGGGAAACACUGAGUCCAUCUCGUCAGUACAUAUAAGCUAAAUAUUCGUUGUACUCUGUGA